UGCUCUGCUGUUUGUAAUUUGCUGUCAUCAGAAGGAGUUGAGAUAUUUCCCAAAAGGAUCCUAUAAUCCACCCACAGGACGGCAUUGCAAAGAGGGCUUUUUCUUCUUCAGAACUGCGGGGAAAAAUGAACAGGCCUGCAGCUUCAAGCCUGCUCUUCAACUGCUCAAAUCAAUCAAAUUUCAGUUUGGAAACAUCAGAGCAAUGUGGCAAAGAGACACACCUUGAGAACGUGAUUUUUGCCACUUUCUACUUUCUGGACUUCAUCCUGGCUUUUGCUGGCAACGCCCUGGCUCUCUGGCUUUUCAUCCGGGACCAGAAGUCAGGCACGCCUGCCAACAUUUUCCUGAUGCACCUUGCUGUGGCUGACCUGUUCUUUGUGCUGGUACUCCCCACCCGGCUGGUGUACCAUUUUUCUGGUAACCAUUGGCCAUUUGGUGAGAUCCCAUGCAGACUCACAGGUUUCCUUUUCUACCUCAACAUGUAUGCCAGUAUCUAUUUCCUGAUGUGCAUCAGCGUUGACCGUUUCCUGGCCAUCGUGCACCCGGUGAAGUCCAUCAAGCUCCGCAGGCCCCGCUAUGCCCACGUGACGUGUGUAUUCCUGUGGGUCAUUGUUGGGGUGGCAAUGGCACCUCUGCUGCUCAGUGUGCAGACUGUCCAGAUGAAAAACACAACUGUGUGCCUGCAGCUCUACAGAGAAAAGGCCUCACGCCACGCCCUUGUGUCCUUAGCAGUGGCAUUCACCUUCCCCUUUGUGACUACUGUGACCUGCUACCUACUCAUCAUCCAGAGCCUGAAGAGUGGGAACCGAGUUGAGAAACACCUGAAGGAAAAAGCUGUCAAAAUGAUCAUCAUGGUCCUGAUGAUCUUCCUAAUUUGCUUUGUACCUUACCACGUCAAUCGCUUCAUUUAUAUUCUCCACUACAACGGGAGCAGAGCUUCCUGUGAAACGCAGCAUCUGCUGGCCCUCAGCAACCGCGUCACCUCCUGCCUCACCAGCCUCAACGGGGCCUUCGACCCCAUCAUGUAUUUUUUUGUGGCUGAGAAAUUCCGUGAGGCUUUGUGCAAUCUGUUCUGUAUUAAGAAGACCAUAAGGUUGCCUCAAACAUAUGAGGGUAAGACAAAUGAAAGCUCACUAAGUGCUAAAUCUGAACUGUGAACGUGACUCUUGUCAGUGUCAGUGCUUCAUCUUAAGAACACUCUUCCACCAAAAUCAGCUGAGAACACAAAUCUGCAGCAAGACAGUCCAACCAGAGUCAAACUCAUCCUGAAAAGAGAAGUUCUGUUGUUUUUAUGGGGCUGCCAUUAACAAGAACCCCUUGACCAUAGAGAACACGUGUGUUUGUGUUGCUGAAACUGCAAAAAGAAGGACAGUUCUACUGGUUUCCAAGAACUGAAACUGAGGGGUGAGCACUUAGGAAUAGGGAAGGGGGACAAUGAGGGAAAUGGACCCAUGGUUUUUUUUUUUCAAAGAACUGAAUUCCCAAAGCACUCAGUGCUUCCUCUGCACAAUGCAUACAGCCUUAUUUAAAAUUUCACAUUGUGCCAGCAGUAGAGAUCCACUCUUGAGACAGACCUGCCUGAUGAAAAAAUCUCCACAUUUGCACAUCUUGUUCAAGUUUCUCAAUUCAAAGUGUUUAUAUGUAAUAGAGAGAAAAUUGGUACUAAAUG